UACUUUUUUGCCUAUUUGACAUUCUAUUGGCUUAUUUUGAAAGAUGAUACGAUCCGAUCAGAUAAUGCUGAUGGAGCGUUGUCUAUUAUUUAUACUCUGGGAAAUCUUUUUUGGAACUUAAGGUAUUGUCUACCCUUUAAAAAAUGUCUGACGAAAAGAUCGAAGAUAAAACUGAAUUCACUCACUCGACGUACCAGGCAGACUAUAGACAAGUUUUGUACGAGAAAUUGGGACAUGCUGAUGUUCUUGACUCAAAAAUAGAAGACGUCGAAUAUAUUUAUGCUAAAACUGUCGAGUUGUCUCUUGAUAAAUCAAUCGAAAUAUUGAAAAAUUGUCUUGAGUACCAUGAAGGUGAUCCUAAUUUCCCUUUAGAAGAUUAUGAAUUAAUUGAAAAGUUGGUUGAAGGUUGUGAUGUUGAUCUGUGCUAUGAUGAUUACGUUUUUCAGGUAAAAAUGUACGCUGCGCUCAACGAAUACCAUUCGCCAUAUCCAGAAGUAAGAGCAAUAAGCUCUCCCCGUGAUGAUCCAGCUCUACCUUGUGAAACUUUCAGAGCCUACUUAUUAGGUAUUUUUUGGUGUCUAGUUGGUACCGGAGUAAAUGAAUUAUUUUCAAGAAGAAAUCCUUCCAUCUCAAUUUCGGCAUCGGUUUGUCAAAUGUUAAUGUAUCCAAGUGGGCUAAUCCUUGAACGUAUCUUACCAGAUUGGGGGGUCACCAUUUUUGGGACUAGACAUUCUUUAAACCCUGGGCCUUGGAACUACAAAGAGCAAAUGUUCGCUACCGUUAUGUUUGACAUUGCAAUUGGUGGUAUGUACGUUGGUUAUAAUUUUUAUGUAGAAAAAUUGAAAAUUUUCUAUGGUAACACUUAUAUUACUAUUGGUUAUCAAAUUUUAAUAUCCUUGGCUACCCAAUUAUUUGGUUUGGGAUUUGCUGGACUACUUCGAAGGAUAGUCAUUUAUCCUGUUAGAGCUGUUUGGCCAACAAUUUUGCCAACGCUUGCUCUUAACAGAGCUUUAUUAACAAAAGAAAAGAAGGAAGUUAUCAACGGCUGGAGCAUAACCAGAUACCGUCUAUUCUUCCUCUUGUUUGCAAUUUCUUUCGUUUAUUUAUGGUUCCCAAAUUUUAUCUUUCAAGCGUUAAGUUAUUUCAAUUGGAUGACUUGGAUUGCACCCGAAAACUUCAAUCUUACAACAAUAACUGGCUCAAUGCAAGGUUUGGGCCUUAACCCGAUCACUUCAUUUGAUUGGAACUUUGUUGGUUAUUGGCUUCCUUUAGCAUUUCCAUUUUAUACUUAUAUGAAUAUGAUGAUUGGUAUGUUUAUUGGAUUCAUAAUUAUCGUCGCCAUGUAUUACAGCAACUAUAAGUGGACUGCUUAUUUACCAAUUAAUGAUAAUAAUGUUUAUACAAAUACUGGGGAGUUGUACUCGGUAAAAUCCAUUUUAAGCAAGAGUAAGUUUGAUCUUAAAAAAUAUAAAGAAUAUGGCCCUCCAUAUUUAACUGCUGGUAAUUUAUUGGUUUAUGGUGCAAAUUGCGCAUUAUACACCUUUAUGAUUCCUUACGUAUUCUUUACUGAAAGAAAAGGUCUUUGGAACUCUGUUAAAUCUUUAAAGGAAAUAAAAAAUCUCAAGUCUUCAGAGUUCAAGCAUUUCAAUGAUCCUCAUUCAAGAAUGAUUCUUAAAUAUAAAGAAGUCCCAGAUUGGUGCUUUUUUGUAAUAAUGAUUGUCGCUUUUGUUUUUGCAGUAUUAGCAGCAGAAGUUUAUGCUACCGAUACUCCAGUGUGGGGAAUUGUAUUAAUGAUUGGUAUAAAUGCUGUAUUUGUAAUUCCCUUAUGUGUCAUUUACGCCGUCACUGGUUAUUACUUCAAUCUCGAAGUCUUCGUGGAAUUAAUAAUUGGUUAUGCCUUACCCGGAAACUCAAACGCUUUUAUGGGUUUAAAGGCCUUGGGUUAUAAUAUUACCGGUCAAGCACUGCAAUACGUUUAUGAUCAAAAAAUGGCCCAUUACGCCAAAGUACCUCCAAGAGCCGUUUUCCGGGGUCAGUUGUUUGGUACUAUAUUCCAAAUAAUUGCUUCGUUGUGUGUAAUUAACUGGGAAAUCUAUGAUUUAAAAGGUAUUUGUACCGAAGAUCAGCCAAAUAAAUUCACUUGUCCGAGUGAAACAUCUUAUUACUCGUCUUCUGUGUUUUGGGGUGUUAUUGGGCCAAAGCGAGUUUUCAACAAAUUAUAUCCGAUAUUGCCCUACUGCUUCUUGAUAGGAUUCAUUUUAGCAAUAAUCUGUCUUUUAAUCAGACAUUAUUUCUUCAAACAAACCCGUUGGUUCCAACCUGCUGUAAUAAUAGGUGGUCUUUUUAACUAUGCCCCAUUCAACUUGAGUUACUUUAUCCCUGGUUUUUAUGUCUGUUUUGCGUUCAACCAUUAUAUAAAGAAAAAGUAUACUGCUUGGUGGGAAAAGUAUACCUACGUUAUAUCUUCUGCUCUUGACGCAGGUGUAGCUCUAGGUGGAAUUAUUAUAUUUUUUGCGGUUCAAUAUAAAGAAGUGAGCAUCAAUUGGUGGGGUAACUCUGUUUCUUAUUCUGGUACAGAUGCCGGAUUAUUCAAAACUUCUUUGAAAGAUGCUUCGUCUGCACCAGAUGGUUACUUCGGUAUAAGGAAAAAUGAGUUCUAAUCUAUUUACUUGAAUAUAUUGUUACGUGGUUGCGAAUUUUGUAGUUUUGUUGCAAAAUAUGCAGGAAUUGGUCCCGAAAUACCCAAAUAUGAACAUUGAAAAAGCAACUACUUUUUGGUUGAACUUUCGAACUAAAGUCGCUGUACUUCACCAAAACUACGGUCCGACUCGGCUUAAGGUAAACGUCAUAGGUUAAUUGAUAUUUGUACUCAAAAG